GAUGCUAGCCUGGUUCUUCUGAAAUCAGGUGGCACUCUGUCUGUGACAACAGGAUUACAUUGAACGCAUGCUCAGUUGAGACUAUUGACAUAGCUAGAUGUGGACUGUAGCAUCUUAAUGAUGACUCUGAGAACUUCAAAAGACAGCUAAGAGAGAGCCAACUGGUUUUUCCAUAUCCUCCUUGUCCUCCCCCACCCGGAGAAACCCAUAGCAAAGACUUCUGGAAGUGUGCACUGCUGUUUAACCAGAGACCAUGGCCAAGAAAGUAGCGAUUGUUGGGGCAGGAGUGAGUGGACUGACCUCCAUCAAAUGUUGCCUGGAUGAGGGGCUGGAGCCCACCUGCUUCGAGAAGAGCGAUGACAUUGGGGGUGUGUGGCGAUUCACGGAGGAUGUUGAGGAAGGAAGAGCCAGCCUCUACAGAUCAGUGGUCAGUAACACAUGUAAAGAGAUGUCGGCUUUUGCUGACUUUCCAUACCCAGAAGAUUUCCCUGUCUUUUUACCACAUGACAAGCUCCUGGAAUAUCUUAGGAUGUAUACAAAACAUUUUGAUCUUCAGAGGCACAUUCAGUUCAAGAGCACCGUGAUCAGCGUAAGGAAGUGCCCUGACUUCUCUGCCACCGGCCAGUGGGAUGUUGUCACGGAGACUGAUGGGAAACAGAAAUCCGCCAUCUUUGAUGCUGUCAUGGUUUGCAUUGGUUAUCUUGCCGUCCCCUCGUUGCCGCUCAAGUCCUUCCCUGGUCUAGAAAAGUUCAAGGGGCAGUAUUUCCACAGCCGCUACUACAAAAGCCCAGAGGUCUUCAAGGGUAAGAGAGUCCUUGUGAUUGGCAUGGGGAAUUCUGGAACCGACAUCGCCGUGGAAGCAACUCAGACAGCAAAAAAGGUGGUGCUCAGCACAGAAAGAGGCGCUUGGGUAAUAAGCCGUGUCUUUGACAAUGGCUACCCAUGGGACAUGGUGUUCCUAACUCGUUUUAUGAACAUUGUUCGAAACAUCCUCCCCGGGCGCUUCACAGGAUGGCUGAUUGAGAACCGAGUGAGCCAGUGGUUUAACCACGCGAACUAUGGCAUAAUUCCCAAGGACAGGAGGGUGAUGAGAGAGCCCUUGUUGAAUGAUGAGCUCCCGUCCUGCAUCAUCUCCGGGAAGAUCUCUGUUAGGCCCGAGGUGAAGGAGUUCAGAGAAAACGCCGUCGUGUUUGUGAACGCUCCUGGGGCAGAAGAAGUGGACGUCGUCGUCUUCGCCACGGGAUACAAAGCUUCUUUCCCUUUCAUCGACGAGUCGAUUGUCAAGGUGGAAAACCAGCAGGCUUCCUUGUACAAAUACAUCUUCCCCCCUCAGCUGGAGAAACCGACCCUCGCCUUCAUCGGCUUCCUCAGGCCAUUUGGAGCAGUGAUGCCUGUUGUGGAAACUCAGGCGCGCUGGGUCACACGCAUCUUUAAUGGCUUGUGUAAGUUGCCUUCAGUGACCGAAAUGAUGGAGGAGGUCAACGAAAAGAAGAAAAACAAGCUCAACUGGUUUGGCCUGUCCUAUGACGAGGUUUUGAAAACAGACUGCCUUGUAUACAUGGACCAACUUGCUUCCUUCAUUGGCAUAAAACCGAGUGUGCCAGCCUUCCUUCUCCAAGAUCCAGAACUGGCCCUGAAGAUCUUCUUCGGUCCCUGCUCCGCCUACCAAUUCCGCCUGACUGGACCAGGGAAGUGGGACGGAGCCAGAAACGCCAUCAUGACCCAGUGGGAGCGUACAGUGAAGCCCACAAGAAUCCGAGUGGUGGAAGACUCUGGAAAUUUCCUCACAUACCUGCUGAAAGUCCUUGCCGUCUUUGCUAUUUUUGUCGGGAUUUUCUUCAGUUUCAAUUAGUUCUGCCAGUUCUACAGCAUUAUUACCUGUACCUUUCCAGAAGUAUACGUUCUGCCUAUGUGAUACUUCACCUUGCAGAAGGAAGAAAAGAAGGAAUGGCCUUUUCUUAAGUACAUACUCAAAUCUAAAUUUGGAUAAUUUGACAUUUUCAUACCCGAGGGUUAGAAAAAUUAAAAUUAAAAUGGAAGCGCAAAUCUUUGACCCCUGAACAUGAAAAUGUGCUCUUGUUGGUGUGUGCAAUACACAAAGAAAUCUGCUCUACAUGCUUGGCUACUAUAAAUGCACAGAAUUAUUAUCAUUUGGACGUUCAUUCACUCUGUAAGACAUAGUGCUCUUUAUCAAAGUUAUGCUGCUACUUACAUUGAGGGCGUAAGAAGGCCCCUACUAGAGGAGAUCAAAAGUCCACGUAGUCCAGAAUCUGGUUUUCAACAGUGCCUCAGACACCUCUGGAAAGCCCACACUCAGGUCCCAAAGGCAGAUACCCUCCCGGUGGAUUGCUGCCUUCCCAGCAAAUGGUAUUUAUGCUGUCCCUGCGGUGAAGGUUUUCUUUAAGUAUUCUGCUCAAUAGUCCCAGGGUGCUUCCAGAGAACCUGUUUAUUGAAGAUUCAUUCUGAUCUAUUCGUAGGGAGAUUAGGCACCGUUAGCUAUUGAAUGAGCCUUCAUUCUGAUCUAUUAUUGCUAUUUUGAAGGAAGCUUCGAUGGUGUUACCUCAAAGCAAGCGUCACUGCACACUUUCCAGGGCAAUUCCCGGUCACUUUCCUUAUUGCAAAUAAGUUUGAUCUUUUGAGGAAGCAGGUACGUCGUGCAAGACUUCCCAAAUCAACUUUCACCCCGUGACCUGGAUUUGCCAGUAUGUGUUCGAAUCCCCCCCCCCCCGAAAAU